AUGGACAUAGAUUAUGCCCGUCAAUUCAAUGUCUGCAAGAAAACAGCAAAACUUGCUCAAGCUAUAUCUGAUUUUCAGUAUAGGAUACAAAAAAUCAACUUCGAAAAGCAAGUUUUGUUUAAUGAUGUUGAUAAAAUACUAAAUAAAGCAUCAGAUGAAUAUAAAAACAACAUGGAUAAAAUAUACAAUGAUGCUAAAUCAACACAUGAUAACGCAAAUAAUGCAAAUCAAAUUCAACUUCAGAAAAAAUUCGAAAAUUUAGUAUCAACAUAUAAAAAUAACACAGAAUCAAUACAAAAUAACUUAAAUUCGUAUAUGAAAACCCUUCAACUAUCAAUUGCAAAACUAUCUGAAUCAAUUCCAAAAAAUUUAAAAUCAAAACAAGAAACAAACGAAAUUAUUACAAAAAUGAUAUAUAAAUCCAAGAAAAACAUAGAAAAUAAUGUUAAUAUACUUAACGAAACUCAACAAAAAGAGCUAAAAGAAGUUGAAAUCGAAUCAGAUAAGAAAUUACAACUAUUCAAAGCAAAUUCACGUGUAAGAAUCGAACAAUUACGUGUAGACCACAACAAACUCAUUGAAGAACUUAAAAAUCAACAAAAAAAUGUCAAAAUUUCUCCAAAUUUUCUAAAAAAACUUGAGAAUUAUAAAGAGAUUUGCAGUCAAACGAGGGAUUUAAACGACAAAGCAGCACAAAACAUCAUCCUUUUGCAGUCAAGUUUCUCUCUUUUCAUGAAUCAGAAAAAAAUUCUUUUUAAUGAGAUGAUUCAAAGGGUUUUUCACGCUGUAGACCAUUCCAAAGAGAUAGAAUACAUGAAGAAUGAACUGAACAACAACAAACAAUCAUAUAUUCUCAUAGAAGAAAACUUGAAAAAUGAAUUAAAAAAGAAAAAUGAACUUUUUCAAUCAAUUUUGGAAGAUUUACAUAAACAAUUGAGUGAUCAACUGACCAAUUAUAAUAAUUUAAUCGUAAAUUAUUCAAAUUCUGCAAAAAAUUUUGAUUCAAGUUAUAUCGAAUUAAAAAACAGUCUUGAACAAGAGAAAACACAACUAAUAGAUGAAAUAAGUUCAAAUGAAAAGGAAUUAACAUCUAAAAAUGAAAAAAUCAACUCAAAAAUUUUGGAUUUUUCGAAAUCUUCUAAAAAAGAAAGGAAAUUGAAUAAAAAGGUGCUUUUGGAAACAAAGAAGUCGAAUAAUACUGAAAAAGAAACAAAAGAAAAGGAUUUCGCGUUCGAAAUCUCUGAAAAAACAAAAAUUAUAAAUAAUUCUGAACAAAAUUUGAGAAAUGACAUAAAUAAGUUGAGGAAUCAAAGCAAAGCAGACAAUAAAGUACAACUGCAGACGUUAGAUGCUCUAAAUGAAGAGAAAAAGGCAAAUUUGGAAAAUUAUGAGUUUAAAUUAAAAACAAUUCAAGAUGAAACAGAAAGAGUGAUAUCCAAUCUUAAUCUACAGAUAAAGAAAGAAGAAAAUGACCUUGUUUUCAAUCAAAAUCAAGAAUUUAAAACAAAAUUUGCUGAAAAUCAGCAAAAACUUUUAAAAUUAGAGGAAGAACUCAAAGUAAAAGAAGUAGAAGCAAUAAAACAAUGCAAUGAAUCAUAUAAUUCAAAAAUUUUUGAAAUUAAAUCAAAAAAUAAUUUUGAAAAUGAGAUAAAAAGUGAAAAUGAUGAAUAUAAAUCAAUAUAUAAUGACUUACAGAAGCAGUUGAAGAGUUUGCAAGCGACAAAUCCUGAAAAAGAACAAAUUUUCAAAAAAUCAAAUGAAGAAAUUGAAAAAUUCCAGUCAAUGAUUGAAGAAUACAAGAAAAUUAUUGUUUCUGAACGUGGAUUACUCUCAAAUUUCUAUGAAAAUGCUUUCAAAAACGAAAUAGAAAGACAUCAAAAUUCAAAUCGUCCGAAAUCAUCAGGAAGAGCACGAGAACAAGUCAGGAAGUCUCUUCAAAGCAAAAUAGAGGAAACAAAAGCUAAAACUAUUGAAGAAACACAAAAAUUGGAAGAAUUUCUAAAAAUUUUAGAAAAUAAUUUCAAAAAUCAACUUGAAAAUGGUCAAAACACAAUAAAUAGUAUUGUAAAUAGCAUGGAUUAUAAUGAAAACCAACUAAUUUAUCAAAAACAACUUGAAAAUUCAGAAAAUUUGGCAAAUUUGGCCGAAAAACGGUCAAAACAAGAAAUUUCUGAUUAUAAACAUCAAAAUGAAGAACAGAUAAAAGAAAUUGAAUCAAAAAUACUGAAUUUGACCGAAAAUUUGAAAAAUCCAAAUUUAGAUUUUUCAAAAUUCACUGAAAAACUGAUGACUAUUAGAUCUGCGAAUGAAAGAGCUUAUGAACAGAUAAAACAAUCAUUAAAACGAAACAUUGAUGUUGUUUUUGAUUCUGCAACAUUAGAAACUAAAAAAUUAUUUGAAAAAUAUCAAGAAAUUGAGAAAAAGAAACAGAGAAUUCUUUCUGAAAGCAUGGAAAUGAUGAAAAGAAAAGAGAUAGAGAACGAAACAUUCAUGAGAAGUCUUAUGAACAGGUUAUCAAAAGAAUUAAUCAAAAUUCAAAUGAAAAACAAAGAAAAAAUUGAAAAAUUUGAUGAAAAAAUUGAAUCAUUGGAAAAAGAUUUGAAUCAAUUGUCAUCUACGUUUGAUUUGUCUCGGCCAAGACCAUGUGACUUGGAAAGAAUCAAGUAUUUGCAGGAAGAUUUAAAGAGCAAAGUUUCAGUUUUACGAAUUAUGUCUAAAGAAUUCAGUCAAUACAAAUCAAUGAUUGAGAAACAAGAGAAGGAUUUCAACGCUAGAUUCGGAUUCAACUUGAAAGCAUUUGCUUAA